AUGACCCAAACCCAGGGCGCAUCUCUGACCAAUUCGCAGGAGGCCAAGGCGGCAAGCAAGAGGAAGCGCGAGGCCGACGAGUACAGCAAGAGCAAGCGAACCAAGCGAGACAAGCUCAAGAACAAGGGCAGAGAAUUGAUUGCGUCCGUCCGAGAGAGCUCGCCCGUGUCGGAGCCAAACGAACAGAAUGGUGUUGGCCAUGAAUCCCCUCUUGUCGAAAGAAAAGCGCACGAGGUGAAGCAGGCGCAGCAAAAGGCGAACAAAAUAGCUAGGAAGCAGGAUCCCUCCUCGUGGAAGGUGUCCCAGUCCGUGGGCGGCAGGAUGCUGGAUAUCGACCCCAUAUUGACCAGCGAUGAUCGACACCUGAUCAUACCCUACACCAGCUCAGUCCAGAUUUAUUCUGCCACCGAUUCGCUCCUGUUCCGGAAAAUUACUCUGGAUCUUUCCGCCAAAUCGAAUGAGCGUGUUGUGGCCAUCUCCCUAUCGCCAACCUCACCAAACCUCCUUUGGAUUGCAUCUUCAACCGGUCGGAUAUGGCAGGGUGAUUGGGUAGCUGGCAUCGGUUUCGACAAGUCCAUUCAACUCGACUGCAUUGUGCUUACCGAUCUCACGGUAGCACCCAUGCUCAUGAAGAAUCGCCUCAUCGACGUCCCCUUUGUCUCUAUUCUGGCCAACGAGACUUGGCACGUGGUGGCAUGCUACGUACAGGAUAUGAUGAUCAAGAACAAAAAGACCAUUCUAUCCCGUGGUGAAAUCAUCGAGAAUCUCAAGUCUAUGAACAAUGGUUCAUCUUUGGCGGCUUCUUCCCGUAACAACAUUUUGAUUGGUUCCUUGAGCACGAGCACCAUCCCCUCUAUCAAGGAGCUGUCUUACGAGUUCUAUGUUCUCGAUUGCCCCGACGAAAUCACUUGUAUCGAUCUCCGUGUCGCCGAGCGCAUUCACCUCAGCCGAAAAUCGCAACAGCAGACUGGAGACGAGCCUGUUAUGGAAGUUGUUGUUGGAUGUGCUCGCGGAUCGAUUUACUACUACAAUGAUCUUUUGCCCCAGCUGAGAUAUCUGCAAAAGGCUGGCCGGGGCGCUUCCCUGCAACCUCGUAAAUACCACUGGCACCGAAAGGCCGUACACGCUGUCAAAUGGUCCCAGGAUGGAAACUAUAUCAUCUCUGGUGGCUCAGAGUCUGUCUUGGUUCAAUGGCAAUUGGAUACCCAGAAGAUCGACGUUCUGCCACAUCUGACGGCCACUAUAGAAAAUAUUGUCAUUUCUGCUAGAGGAUCGAGUUAUGUCAUUCACCUUGGGGACAAUUCGACCAUGAUCAUGACAACUGCUGAAAUGAAACCCACCACCUACAUUUCCGGCGUUCAGUCCCUUGUUACUCCCCGACCGCCUUCGAAAGACAACUUUGUCAGGAGAAUUGGUUACGCUGAGGACCAGGGAACAGUUUCCAGGAUACCAGCAAUCAUUGACCCAAAGGAUCGCACACGCCUGCUCCUAUGUGUCGGCAACGGGCAACAAGGCGCUCCUGCUGGCGCCAUGCCGUCCAUGCCACUCCUCCAGACCGUGGACCUGAGCACAAUGCAGGGUCUUAGCAAGCAGGCGAUUACCCGCACUCACCCAACAGACGUAAAUACGACUUCAAAGGGCUUCCCCAUCACAGAACCACGAGUUGCUCAUAUGGCCUACUCCCACGAUGCAAAGUGGCUGGCAACUGUAGACGAGUGGCAACCGCCUUCAAGGGACACUGAAGUCCUUGAAAGCACACCAUCCGACAGACUCGAGGUGUUCCUCAAGUUUUGGAGUGCUUCAGCUGACGGCCAGAGCCUCGAAUUAGUUGCCCGUAUCAAUGCUCCACAUUACACUGGGCGUGAUGAGCGCGUCCUUGACCUGGCAGCAGAUCCAACCUCACAUACAUUCGCCACUGUAGGUGAGGAUGGAGUUCUAAGGUUGUGGCGGCCCGCCAUUCGACAGCGUGAUGGAAUCGUAGUCAAAAGCCGAACAGGACGGGGGCUGGAGAGCUGGACUUGUGUCAACACGAUCCAUCUCCAGGAGAACAAGGCACUUGCCGACUCCAAUGUCGUGCCAGUCAAGGCACCACGACAACGUAGCGGUGCCGUCUCGUUCUCCGAGGAUGGUUCCAUGCUGGCCUGUGCCUUUCAGAAUGGUGCCGAGUCCGCAGUCUACCUUGUCGAUGUCAACUCUGGCGCAAUUGUUGACUCACUGGAUGGCCUCAUUAAUGGCCAGAUUCAGAGUCUUCGCGUUCUUGCCUCUCAGCUUGUCGUGUUGUCACAGGACCUUGUUGUCUACGACAUUGUGCAGGACGAGUUGGUCUAUGGCAUUCAGCUUAGCUCCGAGACAAGUGGAUCACCGGUACAGGCGCUGUCGCAGCUUGCAGUUGAUUAUCCUUCUCGCAGUUUUGCCGUCGCUAUUUCGAACCAGAACAGACUUGGUGUCAUCAAAUCCGAAGUUGCUGUUUUCAAUGCUGAUCAGUCGGAACCCGAAUUCAUUCAGCAAUUCUCGCAACCAGUAGUCUCUUUGAUUACGACACCUGGUUCAAGUGGUUACCUGGUGCUGGAUGCAUCUGCCCAAGUUUGUUCAAUCACUCAGAGCAAUGACGCUACAUCCGUGGCGGUGGCUCAAUCAUUAGCAGACAUCGACCUGGAUCAGACAGAAGUCGACAAGAGCCAAGAAUCUGGCGUGAUCGCUAUUGUGAACGAAGAACAGGACGAUGCUGCCAGCGAUGAGGAAAUGGAGGACGUUGUCGAGGAUGCCAUGGAGGAAGACGAGGAUUCUUCUCCCGUGGUGGUUCCGCCUCAAAAGCUUGCAGAGUUGUUCGAUGCUGCACCGCCAUUUGCUAUGCCUCCCAUCGAGGAUAUGUUUUACCAGGUGACCAAACUGUUUACGGCAAAGUCGCAAUAA